GAAUGAUUAGGAAAACUAGCCGUUUGCACAUGUUUACAGAAAGGAAAAAGAUCAGCAUAUUUAUUAUAUAAAAAAAUUAGGACCUGGAUUUUGACAAUGUCAAGAUUUACACUAUAUCCCUGUUUAUUUUGGAUAUACCACUGACUUCCAUUUCUAGAAGACACAGAUAUAUUGCUUAAGCAACUAAAGAUAUUAAACUAACCAUGAAGAAACAUAUUAUCAAUACAUGGUACUCUUUUGUAAACGUUCCCAAUGUGAUUGCUCCAGAUAUUGAAAAGGAAAUAGGAAGGAUGGAAAAUGCAGCAGGCAGCUCCUUUUCUGAUGAUGAUGAGGAUGAUGAUGAUGAUGACAGUGUCUCCAUGUUCGAAGAAUCAGAGAAUGAAAACCGCCAUGCAAGGGAUUCCUAUAGAAAAAACUCACACAGAGGGGAGCCAUCACAGGGGGAGCAGUACCCGCCUGGUGCCCUUGCACUUUUCAAUGUUAACAAUAGCAGCAAUAAGGACCAAGAACCAAAAGAAAAAAAGAAAAAGAAAAAAGAAAAGAAGAGCAAAUCAGGUGAUAAAAAUGAAAAUAAAAAGGACUCAGAGAAGAAAAAGAAGAAAGAAAAGGAAAAAGAGAAGAAAAAGAAAGAGGAGAAAGGCAAAGAUAAGAAAGAAGAGGAGAAGAAAGAAGUCAAGGUUAUUGAUCCCUCAGGAAACAUGUAUUACAACUGGCUGUUUUGCAUCACUUUACCUGUUAUGUACAACUGGACUAUGAUUAUUGCAAGAGCAUGUUUUGAUGAACUUCAGUCUGAUUACCUAGAAUGCUGGCUCAUUUUUGAUUACCUAUCAGACAUAAUCUAUCUUCUUGAUAUGUUCGUACGAAUAAGGACAGGUUACUUAGAACAAGGACUGCUGGUGAGGGAAGAAACUAAACUCAUAGAGAAAUAUAAAUCAAACUUGCAAUUUAAACUUGAUUUUCUAUCAGUGAUACCCACUGAUCUGCUGUAUUUUAAGCUGGGGUGGAACUAUCCAGAAAUUAGAUUAAACAGACUGUUAAGGAUCUCUCGAAUGUUUGAGUUCUUCCAGAGAACAGAAACAAGAACAAACUACCCAAACAUCUUCAGGAUUUCUAACCUUGUUAUGUAUAUUGUCAUCAUUAUCCACUGGAAUGCAUGUGUGUACUUCUCUAUUUCCAAAGCUGUUGGAUUUGGAAAUGAUACAUGGGUGUAUCCUGAUGUUAAUGAUCCUGAAUUUGGCCGUUUGGUUAGAAAAUACGUAUACAGCCUUUACUGGUCUACACUGACUUUGACCACAAUUGGUGAAACACCACCUCCUGUGAGGGAUUCUGAAUAUGUCUUUGUGGUGGUUGAUUUCUUAAUUGGAGUGUUAAUUUUUGCUACCAUCGUUGGUAACAUAGGUUCUAUGAUUUCCAACAUGAAUGCUGCCAGAGCUGAAUUUCAAGCAAGAAUCGAUGCGAUCAAGCAAUAUAUGCGUUUUCGAAAUGUAAGCAAAGAUAUGGAAAAGAGAGUUAUCAAAUGGUUUGACUAUCUGUGGACCAACAAAAAAACAGUUGAUGAGAAAGAAGUCCUGAAGUAUCUCCCUGAUAAGCUGAGAGCAGAGAUUGCCAUCAACGUUCACUUAGACACUUUAAAAAAAGUGCGUAUUUUUGCGGACUGUGAAGCUGGUCUUUUGGUGGAGUUGGUCUUGAAAUUGCAACCCCAAGUCUACAGUCCUGGAGAUUACAUUUGCAAGAAAGGGGAUAUCGGACGAGAGAUGUACAUCAUCAAGGAAGGCAAACUCGCCGUGGUGGCAGAUGACGGAAUCACUCAGUUUGUGGUAUUGAGUGAUGGCAGCUACUUUGGUGAGAUCAGUAUCCUUAACAUUAAAGGUAGCAAAGCUGGCAAUCGAAGAACAGCCAAUAUUAAAAGUAUUGGCUACUCAGAUCUGUUCUGUCUCUCCAAAGAUGACCUCAUGGAAGCUCUCACUGAGUAUCCAGAUGCCAAAACUAUGCUAGAAGAGAAGGGAAAGCAAAUCUUGAUGAAAGAUGGUCUACUGGAUAUAAAUAUUGCAAAUGCUGGAGGUGAUCCUAAAGAUUUUGAAGAGAAGGUCACCCGAAUGGAGGGGUCAGUAGACCUCUUGCAAACAAGGUUUGCUCGGAUCCUGGCUGAGUAUGAGUCAAUGCAGCAGAAACUGAAGCAAAGACUAACCAAAGUUGAGAGAUUUCUGAAACCACUUAUUGACACAGAAUUUUCAGAUCUUGAAGGAUCUGGAGUUGAAAGUGGGCUCCUGGACUCCACACAGGACUGAAAAGCUGGUCAUUAAGGAGGACAUGCCUCAUGAUCCUUUUGGUGAUGUGAUUAAGCAUCUCUAAACUGGAAGAAAAGGAAGAUUCAGCUGGGGGAAUUUUUCCAUAAGGAGAGUGUGCUUGGGUGUAGGGCACAGGGCCUACACACCCACUUGUGAGGUACUGUGAUUAAAGGAUCAUCGUCCUUAGGAUUUUUCAGAAUGGAUAAUGUGCAAAGAUAUAGAAUGAUUAACUUGUCAGUAUCUCUAUCUUCUGACUUUUUCAUAUAUGCUCCUUUUAUGUAAUACUCUUUAUAAAAGUGAACAAGUAUCCCUCACUUUCAGGCAUUUUACAUUGUGGAGGAGCAACUGGGAAUUACCAUGUACGUCAUGUUCAGGAUACCGUUUUAAAAAGAAUUAGAAUGCAAUAAAGUAAAGUAAGUCCUAAAA